AUGAACUUCCAAAUACUCUAUGGGGCCUACGUCAGACCGCUCCUGGAGUACGCCAACCAAGUUGUCUACUCAGGAUGUACGAAAGACGUGACCCUCAGUGAGCGUGUCCAGCGGGCCCCACUAGAAUGUGUAUCAAUCCGUGAAUCCGUGAAUCUUCCGUUCUAUUGCCGUUUCAUUGCUACAACCAUAGUCUCACGCUUCGUAUAUCGCCGCGGACCCGAUACUUCCGAUGCGCACAAUUCACCUGACAUCGAAUUCAAAGUUUGGGGGACACCCACUAUUCACAGUAACCAGGUUGCUGAACCACACGACGCCUUGGAGCGCACUGAAGGUCUAAAAUCUACCGUUGACAAAAGAACGGAAGUCUGGUCAACAGAACGGAUAUAA